CUGCCGUUCCCCCGAAAGAGAAGUCGCCGCACAGUAGCCUAGCCUAGUUUACCCGCCUGGGCUGGGAUCAUCCGCCGACCACCGCCGGGGCGACUCUCCUCCUCCCAGAUCUCCCCGUCCAUGAAGUGCCACUCGGUGGCCGCGCUCUGGUCGCCGUCGCCGCCUUCCCACCACAUCACCGCCGUCGCGGCCACCCCCGCCGCGCUCUUCACCGGCGCCGCCGACGGCACCGUCCUCCACUGGCCUCUCCCUCCUUCACCGCCCUUCCGCGCACGCCCCUCCUCCCUCCUCUGCGCCCACGCCGCGGCCAUCACUGCCCUCUGCCCCCUCCCCUCCCCCGCCUCCCUCCUCGUCUCCUGCACUGCCGGCGUCCUAUCCCUCUUCUCCGCCUCCGCCCCCCUCCGCUGCCUCCGCCGCCGCUCGCUCCCGCCCUGGGCCGGCUCCCCUUCCCUCUUCGCGCUCCUCCCCACCUCCUCCUCCUCCGCUUCGUCGAACCCCCGGGUCGCGAUCCUCUGCCACCCCCACGACGACCACGCCCACCGCCACGUGUCGGCACUUGUCGUCGUCGAUGCCCGCACCCUCACGGUCCUUCACACCGCCUUCCACGGGGCCCUCUCCGUCUCGCUCCCGAGGGCGAUCGCGCUCACGGUCUGCAGCGAUGACAAUGCCGUCAGUGUUGUGCUGGCUGACGCGCAGGGGCGGGCGCAGAUGGUGCCUGUGGUGGAGGGCGCGGCCGUCGAGGGUGACUCGCCGAGGCGGCUCAGCGUGAGUUCCUUGUCCAGCUUUGCAUCUGCAGAGGCGCCGGAUGGUACGGUGGAGGCCGUGGCGUUAUCGGACGACGGGAAGGUCGUUGCCUUGGUGCUGAAGACGAGCUGUUUGUUGAAAUGCGUUGUCGAGGGUUCCGUGCUGGGUGAGGUGUCUCUGGCAAACACUUCGCUAUGCAAGGAGGAGGAAACAGGGGUCAAAGGCUGCCUUUCUGGAGGGUUUUUUCUCCACGGAGAGGAGUGGGGAGGCCCUCACUCUGAGGAUGGCACUGUGGUCAGGAGCUUGGUGUUGUGGAGCAGCAAUGGUGGUGCCAUGGUGUACAAGGUUGCUGUUGGUACUCCUCCAUUGUUUGGGUGUGAGGCUGUAUGUAAAGUUCCUGGUAUUUCAUCCGAGCUGGGAGAAAUGCCAGUAGUUCAAUAUUGCCAGAUGGGCAACUGUCUUAUUAGGAUGGAAUCCCGUCCGUAUAAGAUUGGUGGUUCCUUGUUUUGGAAACCGUUCAUCUCCAUAUGGUCUAUGAAUCAACUAGAUUUGAGUAUUGCAAUGAACACAGAGAGCCCACCUUUGAGCAAAGUUCUUGGAGAAGGCAGUCUUCAGGGAGAAGAAUUUAGGUCAGAGCUCUCUAAUUCACUACCCAAGUCAGACAAUGGAGUGGAAAUAAGUUCACAGAUGUGCUCAGCAUACAUCAAUGGAUCGGGAAAGCAUGGAAGGACCGUGUCUUCUUCGAUGGUACUUUCCGAGGAUUCUUAUGCUCCAUAUGCCAUAGUUUAUGGUUUCCAUAAUGGUGACAUAGAAGUUAUCCGAUUUCUCAAUCUGUUGCCAGCCGCACAAUUUGGUAGCAGAGGGGUUUACCCACAUAUUUCUGAAAGAUUUUUCUUGGGGCACAAGGGAGCAAUUCUUUGCUUGGCUGCACACCACAUGCAUGCCCACUCUGACUCUAGAAGCUUUCGACGAGCACUCAUAUCAGGGAGUUUGGAUUGUACGAUUCGUGUCUGGGAUCUUGAUGCCGGCACCCUCCUUUCUGUGAUGCAUCACCAUGUUGCAGCGGUUAAGCAAAUAAUACUACCACCAGCUUCGACUCAUCAGCCUUGGGAUGAUUGUUUUGUUUCUGUUGGAGAAGAUGGCCUUGUAGCACUUGUUUCUCUUCAAACCAUGCGUGUCGAGAGGAUGUUUCCUGGGCAUUCUUGUUACCCAUCAAUGGUUGCUUGGGAUGGAGUAAAAGGGUACAUUGCUUGUUUAUGCCGUAGUCUGCACUCUUGUAAUGACGUGGGCAGCAUAUUGUAUAUAUGGGAUAUGAAAACAGGUGCUCGAGACCGAAUUAUUAGAGGGACAACAUCUCAAUCAGUAUUUGAACACUUCUGUAGGGGCAUUUCCAAAAAUUCAGUUACUGGUGGCAUCUUGGGAGGGACAACUUCAGCAUCUUCCUUACUUGUUCCAAUUUUAAAAGGCACCCAGUCUCCUGCAAAUAGAAAUGGGAUGAACAUCUCAUCUAUACCAACGAACCAUCACAAUGCUGCAGAUUCCAUAUCUUUGAGUGUCUCUGCUGCGCAUGAUGUGAAGGGGAAGACACCAGCUCCAGUUGAUAGAGAUAAUUCUGCAUAUAGUUCAGGAAAAUCUGGCUCUGCUCAGAUAACAAACAAAAGAAGUAAGUACCCCAUAAAGUGCUCAUGUCCAUAUCCCGGCAUUGCAAGUCUGAGAUUUGACCUCACUGCAAUUAUGUCUGCACAAGGCAUGUCAAACAGCAAUAGUGAUAGGCAGUUGAGAGAUCAUCUUUGUGGUGAUGCUAACAAAGAAACUAUGCCGCCUGGAGCUUUAAAUAAUACUUCUGGGAUCCUAGAAAUGGAUAGCCCAUCUAGAGAGUCAUUGGAAGGGCAAUUACUUCGAUUUAGUCUCUGUUUUCUGCAUUUGUGGGAUGUUGAUUGUGAGCUGGACAAAUUACUUGUGGAUGAGAUGCAAGUUUGCAAGCCAGAAGGUUGUCAUAUAGCUACAGGGGUGGUAGGGGACAGAGGCUCGUUUACGGUGAUGUUCCCAGGGAAAGAAGCCACUCUUGAGCUUUGGAAGUCCUCUGCUGAAUUUUGUGCUAUGAGGUCGCUGUCAAUAGUUUCCCUUGCCCAACGCAUGAUCACAUUAUCUCGGUCUUGUACAAAUGCUAGCAGUGCCUUGGCAGCUUUUUAUACAAGACACUUUGCUGAGAAAGUCCCAGAUAUAAAGCCCCCAUCCCUCCAGCUUCUGGUGAGCUUUUGGCAACAUCCUUCUGAACAUGUGCGAAUGGCUGCCCGCUCCUUAUUUCACUGCUCAGCUCCUCGCUCUGUUCCACAACCCCUCCGUGUACAGAGAAAUAAAAUUCCUGACCACUUGUCUUUAUCUGAUCAUAUGGA